AUGCACUUUCUCUCCACCCUCAUGACCGUGCUCGGCCUGAGCGCCAUUGUCCUAGCUGCGCCUGCACCUGCUGAAGCCAACACCCAGGACCCCGGAUGGCACGGAUGCGGUAAUGGGUCUGCUUGCCACGCCGACGCGGACUGUCGAUCCCGCCCGGAAUGCAUCCAGAUGGCUGGCGGUCCUAGCCAUAUUGAUCGGAUUCAUUGCGGUCAGGCGAACCAUCCCGUUGCUUGUUGGACGGAACUUUGCCCACUUACAACAAGUCACAAUCUUUUUAAAAUCACCAUUAUCUCCAUCUACAACGCCCACACAUUGCUAGAGCCUGGUUUGUAAGGCUGAGGACCAUAAAGGCAUGGUGAUACUUGACGCCUAUAAUUAGGACGAUUCGAUUGCAGUCACCCCAAUAUUAAGGCAUUCUUAUAAUGGUUGUGUCACUGCUGAGAUAGACUGGGGUCUAAACAAGACCUGGAUUCUUUGCUAAGCCGAGCAGGGCUUGGAGACAGAGUAUGCG